ACCCGGUGCAAGCGCAAACAGAACGCCUUCUGUUCUUGCUGUCGCUCUCCCCCGGGGCAAAGCAUAAACCUCAGUGGCCUCGUAGAAAUCGAAAUCGGAUCGGAUCCGACGCGAGUGGUCGCGCGGAUUCACGAGCGCGCGACGGCUCGAUUAUUCUCUCGCAGUCCCCGAUCCCCCAUCCUCGUUGCUGUUUUUUUUGCUUUUGGGAUUUUUCCGGAAUUUUUUCGGUGUUUUUUUGGUUGUUUCGUUUCAGAAUUUUUUUGUGAGCAUGAAACCGGUAGCCCUCCUUGUUAUCAACAGCCAUUUGAGAAGUUGAAAUCUUAUGUUCUUGGGUUGUAGAGAUUAUUUACUAUAACGCAUUCCAAAAAAAUUCUGAUAUUGGCUCAGAACUAGUGAAACUUAAGUUCAGUAUUGUUUCAGGUACAUGCUACAUUUCAUCAAUAUUGCAGUUCAUAUCCUAUCUGCACCUGCUCUUCAUGUAUCAGGCUUUAAGGGUUCAUGCUCACAAAUUUGGCAGCGAAGUUCUUACUGGAGUACACGACAGUCCCAGAGCAAAGUUUACCCACUUUUCAUACCUAGGAAAAAUGUAUGCACAGGUGGUGAGGAAAGUUCAUUGACAGAAAGUGGCCCGGCUAACUUUGGUGUCGACUCUAUCGAUUCUGUCAAGAAACACUCUUUUGAUUCGAAGAGAAGCAAUAGCUUCAACUUUUCUGGUGCAUCUUCCCACUCCAUGGAAAAGCAUCAAUAUUUGCAAAGAGGAAUAUCACUAUUAAAGACAAGUGUUACUGCCAUUACUACCUACUAUUAUAACUCACUGGGCUUGGAUGUGCCAUCCAAUCUAUCUACUUUUGAGGCGUUUGCAAAGUUGCUCCAUAUGUUAUCGUCGUCAAAGGCCCUUCGAGCUGCUCUAGAAUCGAACAUUGCUUCAAGGUCAGAGAAGCAAGCACAGCAGCUAAACAAAUCUAUUUGGAAGGCAAGCUCGGCCAUAUCAUCUGACAGCAGUUUUAUGGACAGCAUUCACACAACCAUCAUGCCAAGCACUCUGGAUAACCUCCUUCUGAACUCAAAUAAGAGCUUCUUGUACACCAGUAAGCUGGUGAAGCACGGUGGCGUGCCAGACAACAUCUUGGAUGAGGUCCUACCGCCACCGCCCUCGGAGGUUGAAAAUGUCGCGCAGUGUGAAAGAGCCAUGUAUGCUGAUGGUGGUACCAAAAAGAAAUGACUUAUAUUUACAACUCUCUGAAGACCAAACUGAUACAGCACUGCAAGAGCUUCAGUUAGAUAUGUGCACCUGACCAGGUUCGGGUUCAGUACUGAACGAAGCUCACCGUGUGGCUGAGUCAUCCACACUGUAGACUGCAGAAGGGCAUUUUAGGAUAGGGUUGAUCUGCUGAAUAUGUACAUGUUCAUCCCUGUAAAUUGUAAAUAUAAGUUUAUAUCGUUUAUUACAAAGGUAAUAAAAUGCCUGAUUGUUGGUUGAUAUU